AAAAACAAAAACCAUUCGACCCAACUUACCAACAACUCAACAAUUAAAAGUGGACCCUAUCAGAGACAUAGUUUUAUCAGAACUAUCCAACGCAACCAUACAGUGGAUGACUGAGAGAUCAAUAAUACUCAUAACUCUUAACCCGGAUAUAAUACGACUAUUUGAAACAACAAUACGCUGGAUAAGACCCUCAAUGUCCAAAACACCAUCAAAGAAGAUACAAAGAGAUAGAUUUAUCAACGAAGAAUACGAAAUUGACUUCGACUUACUAGCAAAAGAACUUGAAGAAUUAACAACACAAGUAUUAACAAAAGAACAAACUAAAUACGUACCAUUAAACGAAACAGAACUAAAGUUCUACUCAAGAGUAAAACUACUAUUAAACAAUAACAAAACUAUUACACUACAACUAUCUGAAAAAUAUUCAUACUUAGUAAUAGCAAUACGAUCUAACGAAUCUAAAGAAUACCUACAACAAGUAGCCAACAAAUUCCAACUCAAUUUAGAAGAAGCAAUUAAAGCAACCAAGGAAAAGUAUCAACUUAAAUGA